UAGAACACAAAGGCUAUUUCCGGCCUUAAUUUCGUUACCAAGUUUCUUUACGUUGAACUUUUUUGGAACUAGGUGUGUGUGUAUACGAGAGGUAGGCCAGGGUCCCCGCUUUAAGUCUUAUCUGGCUCUCCCUGAAUGUCCUGCUUUUCUGGAAAACCUUCCUGCUGUACAACCAAGGGCCAGAGUAUCACUACCUCCACCAGAUGUUGGGGGAUUGUGUCUAAGCAGAGCCUCUGCUUCUGUUCUUAACCUCAACUGCAGCCUUAUCCUUUUACCCAUGUGCCGGACACUCCUGGCUUACCUUCGAGGAUCCCAGAAGGUUCCAAGCAGGAGAACCAGAAGAUUGUUGGAUAAAAGCAGAACAUUCCACAUAACCUGUGGUGUCACUAUCUGUAUUUUCUCAGGUGUGCAUGUGGCUGCCCAUCUAGUGAAUGCCCUCAACUUCUCGGUGAACUACAGUGAGGAUUUCAUUGAACUGAAUGCAGCAAGAUACCGAAAUGAGGAUCCUAGAAAACUUCUCUUCACGACUGUUCCUGGCCUGACAGGCGUCUGCAUGGUAUUGGUACUAUUCCUGAUGAUCACAGCUUCUACAUAUGCGAUACGAGUUUCUAACUAUGACAUCUUCUGGUACACUCAUAAUCUCUUCUUUGUCUUCUACAUGCUACUGAUGUUGCAUGUUUCAGGUGGAUUGCUGAAGUAUCAAACUAAUUUAGAUACCCAUCCUCCUGGCUGCAUCAAUCUUAAUGGAACCCACUACCGGAAUAUUCACUUACCAGAGUAUCUCUCAGAAAAUUUUCAUGAAUCUUUACCUGGAGAAUUUUUAAAACCUGAUGAGCUUACUCGGAACACAUUUGUAAAGAUUUGUAUGGAAGAGCCCAAGUUCCAAGCUAAUUUUCCACAGACUUGGCUCUGGAUUUCCGGACCUUUGUGCCUGUAUUGUGCUGAAAGACUUUACAGGUGCAUCCGGAGCAAUAAGCCAGUCACCAUCAUCUCUGUCAUAAGUCAUCCCUCAGAUGUCAUGGAAAUUCGAAUGGUCAAAGAAAAUUUUAAAGCAAGACCUGGCCAGUAUAUUAUUCUACAUUGUCCCAGUGUGUCUGCAUUAGAAAACCAUCCAUUUACCCUCACAAUGUGUCCUACUGAAACUAAAGCAACAUUUGGCAUCCACUUUAAAAUAGUAGGAGACUGGACAGAACGAUUUCGAGAUUUACUACUUCCUCCAUCUAGUCAAGACUCCGAGAUUCUGCCCUUCAUUCAAUCUAGAAAUUAUCCCAAGCUAUACAUUGAUGGUCCCUUUGGAAGUCCAUUUGAGGAAUCAUUGAACUAUGAGGUUAGCCUCUGCGUGGCUGGAGGCAUUGGAGUAACUCCAUUUGCAUCAAUACUCAACACUCUGCUGGAUGACUGGAAACCAUACAAACUUAGAAGGCUGUAUUUUAUUUGGGUGUGCAGAAAUAUCCAAUCCUUCCGUUGGUUUGCAGACUUACUCUGUGUGUUGCAUAACAAGUUUUGGCACGAGAACAGACCCGACUAUGUCAACAUCCAGCUGUACCUCAGUCAGACAGAUGGGAUACAGAAUAUAAUUGGAGAAAAAUAUCAAGCACUGAAUUCAAGACUUUUCAUUGGACGUCCUCGGUGGAAACUUCUGUUUGAUGAAAUAGCAAAAUGUAACAGAGGGAAAACAGUUGGUGUUUUUUGCUGUGGACCCAGUUCAAUUUCUAAGAUUCUUCAUAAAUUAAGUAACCGAAACAACUCAUAUGGGACAAGAUUUGAAUACAAUAAAGAAUCUUUCAGCUGAAAACCUUUGAGAUGAACCAGGACUCUAAAGAAGGAAUGAGUGCAAUUUCUAAGACUUUGAAAUUCAGCUGAAUCAAACAGCUGUGUCACACCAAAGGGUAGCAAGGUGUUCUUAUUUAUGAUUAUUUAAAAUGGAAAUGCAGAGAAUGUGGCAAGAUGACAGGUCACAUUACAUGUUUAAUCUGGAAACCAAAGAGGCCCUGAAGAAUAUUCGAUGUGAUGAUUCACUUUUCAAUGCUAGAAUUAAAAGAAAACUAUUAGGCGCACACUGUUGAUUUUUAUGGCUGAUUCGAGAACUCCCUAGUGAGGAGCCGCACUUGCAAACUGUGAGGCUGAUAGUGUUGGUCCUCUUUAAAUUGUUUUUGGUUGAACAAAUGCAAGAUUGAAAAAAUUAAAAAUUCAUUGAAACUCAGAUUACAUUUUCUACAUGAGUAUAAACAGAGUAGCUUCGAUUUAGAAAAGCUCCAGGCAAAUAUAUUAGAUGUUUGAAGAUACAGCACAGGACUCUAUAUUGAUACGGGUGUCAAUAUCUGAUCUUCCUCACUACUGAUGCUAAUACCUCUAUUUGAUAUCCGUAGACUUAGGUUAAAUGAACUUUUUACAGAUGUUGAUAUAGUAUCUAUUUUUAUAUAUUUCUUUCUUUUAUUUCCCUCUGUUUAGGGAAAUCUUCCUUCCCUUGGCAUGCAUUAGGCACAAUGAUUUAAUCAGUCACUUUCACUCUCUACUUAUUUAAUCUAUUACUAUUGCAUAGUAAUGAGGAAAAUAUCAUUACAGUAACUUACAAAGGGAUCUAUAGACUAAUAAUUUUUUCGCUUUUCAACAUUGUGAUUUUUAUUCUGUUAUUUUUAUUCACUUUUUCCCUAACAUAGUUUGUCUUAGUUUUUAGCCUCGUAAGGUACUUCAUUUAAUUUGCACUUUGUAACCAAAAGGCAUCGUGUCUGUCAGUGGUCACUGAGAUAGAUAGAUAGAUCUCUCUUCUGUCACACAUUGGUUUAUGCUGGAAACAUUGAAAGUGUAGUCACAUUCCUAAACAGGAAACCUAUAUUUUACUUUCUACACAAAAUGAGAUACUUCAUUAGUUAUUCAAAUUUAAGUUCAGAAUUAAGAAUCUUAUUGUUGUACCAUCUGGUAUUCUGGGUCUCAAUAGGGAAUUAUUGAGUUUCAGGUCACUGUUGGGAUUACUCAGUGUGAACCUAUCUGUUCAUGCUCCCUAGAAAUUAUGUUGUUAGCUCCAGAAAAAAUCCACUUUACUACCCUAAGAAUUAAGGCAUUUUUUAUAGUUUAGUAAUUUUGUUUUGUAGACACCUAUCAACCACUUUCAAACAUAGCACAUUGCUGAAAUCAGCAGUAAGAUUUUGUUAAAAUUUUUCAUGAUAUAACUUGAUAGAUGGUACUGUCAUUUUUUUUGUUCUAAUUUGCCAAUAGCAAUCAAGCAUGUUAAACCAUCUAGUACUAAAUGCCCAUAUAUAUUACUUACAGAUAUUUCUUUCUCUCCUUGGAAUUCUUUCAUCUCCCUUCUUUGGAAGGAAGGUGAGCCAGAAAAAGAUAUGGGAAAUGUGCAAUGUUCCUACAACUUUAUUUCUGAAGAAAUAUUUAAUAACCAGUAUACCUUGGCAGCACUUUCUGAAUUAAAGAGAAUUUUCACAAAACACAUGACCGAAAGAACUAGUAAAAAGAAACAAUUUAGUACACGUUUGAUGUGCAAUACUGACUUUUUACUGAUCAUAGUUUAUUUAAAUGAUUAUAUUAAUACACCUAAUUUCAGUAAGACAGGUGGACAAUUUUUUAAAGGAAGAGUGAUCUUUCCAAGUAAAUAAGUCUGAUAUUCUAGAUGAACUUCUUUGCGUAUUUUAAAUUUCAGAUGAUGUUUAAACGUUAAAUGUUAGCAUAGGUAAUUUUUGCCUCUAUAGUUGGGAAUGCAGGGAUAAUAGAGCUUUGCAUGGAUAAGAUGGCUUUGUUUUGUUUUGAGGGAUUCUUUCUAGCUAAUUCUUUCUAGCUAAACAAAGAUGGCUUUGUUUUGUUUUGAGGGAUUCUUUCUAGCUAAUUGCUGCCACAUAGGUCUUAAAACGGUAAUUUUAGUGGCAAUAAAUGUUAAAAUUGAAAUGGUAUUCUUGAUUUUCUUGAAAUCUCCAUAAAGCAGAAAGAGUUUCUUCUCCAGAAGAUACAAGUUUCAGAAACAUCAUUUAUUUGAGAGCACUGUAGCUUAAGCCGCCUUAGGGAUUUGCAUUCUCGCACUAUCAAUGUCACUGGCUAAAGGGGUGACUAUGGCAUAUUGCUCCUCACUCUGGGAUUAAGAUUUCUCAUUUGGACUAAAUCAGUAGUUAGUUAAUCUUUUUAAAAGUAAUGUAUCUUUUUGAAGACCUGAUUAAAAAGGAAUAUUAUGACAUAUGUAGAAAAUAUUACAAUCAUAGACAAUCUUGGGGGCCCACAAACAAUCUCUCCAAAAGAAAAGACACCAAUGUAAGACUCUCUGAACAAAAUGAUCAUCAUUAUAGUUUUUUUAUUCUAUUUAUUUUUUCUUUAAUUUUUUUUUUGGAAGAAACUAUCAGUUUUUAUAGGAUUAUACUGAAAUUAACUCUGUGGACAAAGGAAAGGAAAUUCUAUUUGUAUAACCCAAAACAAAGAAUCCAAUGGACUCUUCUAUUGGUUUUUAAUCUUCUUGUGUAUUCUGCUUUACACACAGUAAGACUAUGAUUUUAUAUAUAAAUAAUAAUUUUAAAAACAUUCACAUACCACAUAAAUUUGGGGCUUCGUUUUUGUUUAUUUGUUUUUAAUUCAGGUUAAAAAUGAAAUCAUUGAUAGUGACGAUACAUGAUUUUUUCAUGUAGUGAGUUUAAAUGGCAGUCAGGUGAUUGUGAUAGUACAGGCACUUAAAACAAAGAAAUAAAAGAAGUGUAGCCAAAGUGUAAGCUGAACUGAUUUAAUCCACAAAUCCAUGUUAUUUAUAACCCUCCCAAAUCAGAGUUUACUUGGAGCAUUCACAGAAGGUAAUAGAUUUAAAUUAUAAGGCAUUGUUAAAAAGGCUUGCUGGAGGCAAAUCGGCUGGCCAUUGUCAUCAAUAGGUAAUGCUGGUGCUGCCUAAUGUUCAGUUUACUAAAGAGAAAAAAUUUUAGGUAAAAAAAUUUUUUUUUCCUUAAGGAUGGUUAACUCAGCUGGACAGUGAUUCUUCUAAAACCAAUGAGAUUCAUUUUUAAUUGCUACUCAUGAUAAAGAGUUUCCCUUUCUUAUGCUAUCUAGGACACCUUCAUAUCAUUAUAUUAUAAAAAUAUAAAAUACUGAAGUUAGGAGUACUGUUAUUUUGCAGGUGAGCAAACUUAGGCCCAAAGGAAGAUGGUGACUUGUUUCAGGUCAUCCACUGAGUUCGUUGCAGUUUCCCAAUCUCUGCUGCUGAAAGGCUCUUUCUACUCCCCAUAAAAUAUACAACUAAUAAACAUAUCCAGUACUGUUUGAAUCUCCCUAUAAACUCUAGCGCUAGGUGGAAAAUAAGGUACUGAGUGUUAAUUCCAGAUUCAGGGCAGAAAAUCACACUCUGCUUGUCCUGUAUAUCUUCUGAUUCUAAUUUUGUUAGUCUUAUAUAUUUUGCCUAUUUGAAUCUGUUUUCAGAUAUCAGUUUUAAAAUAUGACAACUGUACUAAAGGGAUUAUGUUCUCCAGUACUCUAUUGGAAAUAAGUAAUAGUGUAGCUUCCAGGAAAUGCUACUAUUAUAAUUUUAAAUUUAGGUUCAUAGACAAAAGUCAUAACUUCACCAGCUUUCUAACCAUUCAGGGGAAUUUUGUUAUUAAAACUAAUGACUCUUGUUCUCUGCUUACAUGACCAUAACAUGCUUCUUGAUCAGGAGAAAAGAGUCACCAUUUUGUAAACUAGUGAGACAGAAAAUAAAUGAAAUCAAGCAUAAUGAGAUCUGCAUUUCUUUCAACCACAGCAAUGAGAACUCACUGUUUCCUUCUGUCUAAAUAUCCCCUCCAUUACCCCAACUUCUUUGUUCCAUUCUGUAGAAUUCUCAAAGGACAGAGUUGCAAAAGCUAGCUAAAUGAAGUUUUCCUAAGAAGCAGAAGACUUCUGAUGCUUAGCAAAGAAGGGCUCGUUAAGAAAGAAGAGAAAAAAACGGCCAUGUGAAUCAUUUAAAAUUAGCAGAGGCAAGCAAUGUUGCUUUAAAACAGAAACCAGUAAUUUUUUUAAAGUGAAUAUACAGAAUUUUAUUUUCCUGUAUACAUUUUUUUAUAUUCCUGUUUAUAGAAUCUAGAAAUAAAUUUCUUCUUUUAUUUUACAUUGUAGCAAAAUCACCAACAUUCUUAAUGCAGAGUGUUAAGCUACAAUUUAAGAAUUAGUAAGGACAAAAAAUACUUCAUAGGAGAAAAACUAGGAGGAAAAAAUAGGAGUCAAAGAAAUAAAACUUAUUUAACACAUUAGGACAUGAUAAUGCUUUUCUUUUUAUAAUUUCAUACAUGAUCAAAUGUGUGGCAAAACUAUUACUCUUGUUUGGGGAAAAUGUAAAACAAUGUUGUAUUUGGUUUUUUAGGGAUCCUUUUGCAUUUUCUUUGCCACUAGAAUUAUAGCAGAAGCUUUACCUUUAAUCAGAACUAUAAUCUUUUUUAAGAAUUAGAGCUUUGAUGAGCUGCAGGUUGACCUAGAGACAACUCCGACCUUUAGAUGAGAACCAGUAUUACAUAAAUGCUUUAAGAUAUGUAGCAAUAAAGAAGGGGAGGCUGCCAUGCAUUGACUAAGCUGCAUAUGCCACACAUUAACAUUCUUUCAUUUUUAGGUCAUAUUUUUUCAGCUCUGAUCUUUCUACCCAGAGAAUGAAACCUUUUUAACAAUGCAGACACUGAGAAACAGAUAUUCUCUCUGUUGCAUAAGUGUGUCUGUUCACCUGUAUCAGCACCUUUAUUUGAGCCAAGUUAUCAAUUUAGGAUGACUGUAUAUUUCAUUUUAGUGGUGAGAAAUCUCCUCAAAGCAUCAAAUUGGAGCCUUGCUUGCCUGCUAAAAAAUAUAUGGCAGCCAAUAUACGACAAGCAUUGACUAGGGAGAAAGCAGUUAAAUCUUUUAGGUUUUCCUCUCCAGCUGAGCCUUAAAGGAAUAUAAAAUACCUACUCCAUGACCUGGGUUGUACUCCAUGUCCUGUGCUUAGACGUGCUGCACAGUUUAUUCUCCAGAUUCCCAGGGACUCCCUGAUUCAGGGGCUCUGGAAAAUACUAGCUCCUGAGUCAGCUUGGCGUCUUUUUCCACAUAACUGGGUGCCUACCAAGUAUAAUUACAUCCUUAUUUAAAGGUGAUGAUUAUCUGCUUACCAAAUGGCCAUCGCAAGAAACUAUUUUCUUCUCUUUUUUUUUUCAUAAAGUUCGAUUAAAAUUCAGAGUUCGAAAAAGUAGAAAUCACUUUAAAAAGUGGGAAUAAUGGUGGCAGUUCUGUCCUACUCUGAGUGUGUGCCAGUAUCAUCACUUUAUCUAGUUAUCCCCAGUGUGUGGAGUGAACAGGAUCCUGGGUUAGAAAUAAAAAUACAUGCAGCCUUUACACCUGGAAAGUAUUAAACUACGUACAUAAAAAUUAGAAUGAUGUCGACCUCUGCUUAACUUACAUGGAUGUAGUGAGGCGAGGAUGUGGGGGAGAGGAGGAAAAGAGUGGUGAAGAAAGAAAAAUUUCCUGAGCAAAUCUUCUUUAGUAGGUUUUUGAAAAUACAGUAAAAAUAAAACAAUUCUAAAAAAGUAAAAACAUAGACCUUUAUGAGUCACAGUCCAUUGUAACUGAAAGAGUAUUUAAUUGUGUUUUCUGGACAAGUAGAGAAGUACCCACAAAUUGGCACCAGUAAUAUGUUCUGAGAUUCUGAUAAAGUUGCCUGUUAUGUCCAGUAUAUCUGCCUUCUGAAUUCCUCAACUAAUUUUGAUCAGGCCCAUUGUGGCUAGAAAUAGCUGUAUUGAUCUAUGACAAUUGAGCUAGGAAUUGGAGGGUGAUGUAACUUAUUCUGAUUACUUAAGGUUUGAUGGAGUAACAAACAGCUAUUCAUGAGACAUCCUACUGAGUUAAAACCAAGGCCUGUAUCUUAAAACUAGAAAUAAUUCUAUAAAAGAAAAGAGCACUGCAUUGUAGCUAUUUUUUUUCUAGAUGGAAAAUAAUAAAUUUACCUUUUUCUUAUUCUUGCCAAAGAUACUUUACAUUAUGUAUUUUCAUUAAAGCUCACAUUAUUUCA